AUGACAUCUCAGAACCGCGCUCUUCUCUAUGAAGCUAUCCCAGCCCCAUCUCUGGACCUGCCGGCGGGAGCCACUGCUAAAGUCCAGAUCAUCGAUUCCACUUCCAGAAUCCAUGCUCCUGUAGCUGGAUUUAUGAAGCCAGCGAUUCCAGGUCAUAGCCAUCUUCAAGCACCAGCUUUCAGUUUCUUGGUCGAACAGCCCUCUUCGUCUCGAAAGAUAUUGUUUGAUUUGGGACUAAGGAAGGACUGGCAAAAUUUACCGCCGGCGAUUAUUGACAGACUCAGUCCGCCUGACUGGGCCCUUGAAGUGCAACAGAACGUUGCUGAGAUUCUGCAGGACAAUGGGAUUGACGUAGCAGGAGGCGCGAUUGAGGCUGUUGUCUGGAGUCACUGGCAUUUCGAUCAUACCGGUGACACAAGCACGUUCCCCAGUAGCACAACACUCAUUACCGGAGCUGGGGUCCGAGAUGCUCUUCUGCCAGGUUACCCCCAAAAUCCGGAAUCGCCUCUAUCGGAGAGCGACUUCGCAGGUCGCGAGCAUAAAGAAAUAGAUUGGGAGCGGGAGCCUAUCCUCAAUAUUGGCAAGUUCAGGGGAUAUGAUUACUUCAAAGACGGCUCGUUCUACCUUCUUGACGCCCCGGGGCACGCCAUUGGCCAUAUUUGUGGACUAGCUAGAGUUACUUCAACUCAGGAGGGCGAUGCUGAAGACACAUUUGUUUUCAUGGGUGCAGAUACAGCCCACCAUGGUGGCGCCAUUCGGCCAAGCGCGUAUCUUCCUCUUCCCCAAGAGAUCAGUCCGUCGCCUCUGCCUACAAAGUAUGCUUCAACUUGCCCGGGUCAUAUCUUAGAGGCGGUGCAUCCUAACAAGAAGGGAAAUGAGCCAUUUUAUCAAUUGAAUGAUACCAUGUCUCACGAUAGAGACCAAGCAGUCCAUUCUCUUGAGAGCAUGCAAGAUUUCGAUGCGGUUGACAACGUCUUCGUGAUCAUCGCACAUGACGAUUCAUUGCUGGACCCACAAUUCGGAAUGCGUUGGUUCCCACAUGGGGAUCUAAAGGAUUGGAAGGUUAAAGACUACGCUACCAAAGUACGAUGGGCUUUCUUGAAAGACUAUGAAAAGUCCAUCCAGUAA